GCAAAAUAAUUAUAGUUUAAUUUACUACAAAAAAACAAUACAAAUUACAAGUUUACAUUUGUAUUUACGAGUUUGGAAAAGGAAAAACUUUUCAUUUAUUAAAAUAGUGGCAAACCGAAUGCGGAAAUUUCGAUGUCUAUGAUUGUUGACAUAUGGCGAAGGAAGAAUGUCGUACCGGUUAACCUUCGCGGCUUUCCCAGUCCGGUGGCGAGUACAACGGCGAAAUGGAGUCGGAGGCAAAGCGUAAUGGAAUUUGUAACGAAAACCAGGAGUAUUUAUAUUCGAUGGAAAUUUUGAAAAUGGUCGAUUUAGAAAAAGGAAAAGCUAAAUUUAAUCCGCCUCUAACGGUAUUAAACCCGGGAGAAAAUUUGAAAAUGAGACCGCUUUCUGUAGGCGAUUACGAUAAAGGCUUUAUUUAUUUACUGUCGCAGUUAACCAAAGUUGGGAACGUAUCCCACGAAGACUUUUUACGGAGAUUUUACUCUAUGAAAGGUUGUCCGGAUUCUUAUUAUGUGACGGUUAUAGAAGAUAUUAAAAAGAACAGAAUUGUUGGAUCGGCAACGUUAUUUAUUGAAAAGAAAUUCAUUAGACAAACGGGAUUGAGAGGACGUUUAGAAGAUGUUGUAGUUAGCAAUGAAUAUAGGGGGAAGCAACUAGGAAAAUUAUUGGUAGAAUCGAUGCGCCAACUAGCUGAGCAUCUCGGAUGCUAUAAAGUAACUUUAGAUUGCAGAGAUCAAAUGGUCAAGUUUUAUUCUGAACUAGGAUUCGCAUUGGAACCAGGAAACAGUAAUGUCAUGACACUUCGGUUUCAUGAAUAAAAUCUCAAGAAACCUAUGCAAUAUAUGACUUGUUGUUUUAUUAAAUUUUACUUAUUAACUAUUG